AUGUUUAAUAAGAAAAAAUAUCGGAUUGAGUUAAGCCAAGUUCAAAAUAUUCGUCCGGAUAAAGUAAGAAAUGCGGGUGAUUUAGUUAAUUUUAUUAUUGGUGAGAAUCAAGAAUUACUAGAUCACGAGGAACAAGGUUCUCUUGUCGUCUCAAAGAUUGAAAGCUCUAAGAAAGGAGAGCAAAUUUUAUUUGCUCAACGUUUAGAACUACCAAUGACCGCUAAAACAAACUUUGAUGCGUUACUUGAACCUUUCUACACCAGAAAGCCACUUGAUUUUGAUGAAAGUAUCUUGGAAAUUCAAGAUGAGCGUUCACAAGUUAUUAAAGAUACACUAUCUAAAUCACGUCAAAAUGAGAUUUCUUACGCCAUUAUUCCACAAAACUCUAAUAAACGUGAAGAAAAUGACGAUGACUACGCUCCUGCUCCACAAUUAGAUUUAUCGGAUGACAAAGAAGAAGAUGAGUCAGAUUCUGGAAGAGAUAAACAAGUCAUUAAUGACGAUCCAAGUGAACCCUCAAAUGAUACUGGACGUACUGAAAUCAAUGUUCCUGCCUCAACGCUUUUAACAGAAGACGCAAUUAAAGAAAUUGUCGCUAAGGAGAUGAAAGAUAAAGAUGAAGAGAUUGAACGUCUUAAGCAAUCUCUUCGUUCACAAGAAAAAGAGGAAAUAGCUAAAGUAGAAAAUCCACCAGUCAAAGAUGAUCAUGUUUCCGAAGCUAUUUUAGCAACUCCUUUAGUCUCUUCUGAUUCAUCUGAAGAUGUCAAUGUUCUUGAUGUCAUCAAGAUGGUUAAGUAUGAUGCUAAUAAACGUCUUGAAGAUUUUAUUGAUCAAGAAACUGCCAAAAUCAAUGCGGAAAUUGAAGCUCUUGAUACAAGAGAUAAAAUUGAACCCACGUUAUCCAAACGUUUUGGGGACGAAAAAGAGUUUGAGAUUAAAGAAUUGAACCGAAAGGUUGAAUCAGAAAAAACUGAAGCAAUCACUACUGAAAAGGCUCGGCAUGAGGCAGCCCUCAAAUCGAUUGAAUCUGAGAGUGAAGCUAACCGAGUGAGCCAAUUAGCAAAACUAACUGAAGAAUUUUCUACUAAAUUAUCUUCCGCAAUUAAAGAAGAGUACGAACGUCAAACUGAGCAGCUCAAUCUUAUCCUUCAAGGAAAAACUGAAGAACUUCAAUUACGUCAAAAAGCAGUUAAUGAGGGAAUGAAAAACACCGUCUCAGAAGUGCUUGAAGGCUUUAAUACGAAUCAUGGAGAAGUGAUUCAAAACGUUGAACGUCGAAAAAACUCAAGUGGUGUAAUUUCGCUUCAUCAUCGUGUGGGUUAA